UCUCCCACCUCCAUCUUCAACAAACCAUCCACCAUGACUACUACUUCCCUGCUCGUCCUCAUCCUCCUACUCUGGGCUACGUCGCAUACGAUCCCCGCCCUCUCCACCACCCCGGCAUACCCAUCCGUACCGGGCACCGUAACCACCGACUGCUCGCUCUCCGGUAAAGACGAGCUCAGACCGGUUCGCCGAGAAGUCUACGGUGGAGGCCGAAUCUUCGAUAUCAGCCACAGGUACGUCCCUGACAUGCCAGUGUGGGAGUCAUUAGGAACCGGCUCAGACGGGCUCGGCCAGUUCCUGUGGCUCCCGAAGAGCAUUAAGAACGGCUCGCUCGCCAACAACUCUGAGAUGAAGCUGCCCACUCACACCGGUACGCAUGUAGACGCGCCCGGCCACGUUUUCGAUCACUACUUUGACGCCGGCUUCGAUGUCGACACGCUUGACUUGGAGGUCCUCAAUGGUCCUGCAUUGUUAGUUGAUGUUCCAAGGGACAAGAACAUAACUGCUGAAGUUAUGAAGUCUCUAAAUAUUCCCAGGGGAGUACGCCGUGUCCUUUUCAGAACUUUAAAUACUGACAGGCAGCUUAUGUUUAAAAAGGAGUACGACACAAGUUAUGUUGGAUUUAUGAAGGAUGGGGCAAAAUGGUUGGUGGAGAACACUGACAUCAAACUUGUUGGAAUUGAUUAUUUAUCUGUUGCUGCCUUUGAUGAUUUGAUCCCCUCUCAUCUUGUCCUUUUGGAAGGCAGGGAAAUCAUUCUUGUGGAGGCCCUAAAGCUCGAUGACGUCCCAACAGGAAUAUACUCUGUCCAUUGCUUACCUCUUAGGUUGCUUGGUGCCGGGGGAUCACCAAUAAGAUGCAUUCUCAUCAAAUAAUAAUUUUGUUGUAAGUUUUAUGUUAUUGACAGUGAU